CUACACUCACACCAUAGCUGCUUUUGCUCUAUGUCUGGACCAUCCUCACACCAUGGUUGGGUGUUGGGUAUCCAUCACCUGAUAUUUGGCCAUUCACUGACCUACAGUUUGGCUAUCCUUCACCCCAUGGCAGGACCACACUCACCCCAAGUUUGAGUGUCCAUUAUCCCAGAGCUGGACAUCCAUCCCCCCUGCCCCACAACCACCCUCAUCAUCUUCCCUCAGGCAGAGCAGCCAAGGACCUUCACAUGGUCCCUGUGCCCACACUCUCCGUUCUCCCCAACUCAGUGAAGAGACCUUACUGCAGAACAGCGGGACAAACAUGACCAUCCCCCCACAUAGCAGGAAUACCCACCCUGCGGGUGGGAAUGCCAUGCUCCUCCCCAGCUUUUAAUCACAGCACUCAGGCAUCACAGCAACAAUAAGGAGUGAGAGCAAGGAUUGCAGCAACGAGAAGACUUGCGGUGAGCAACAGCUGGUGAAUGAGAUGCAUAUCCCUAUCCUUUUGAAACAAUCAGCGAGCAGAAGGAUCUUGGAGCUCUCUCGGAGCUAGGCAAGCUCCACACAGACUACGGGUGGUGAGUGUGCUCCGCAGAGGGAGUCCUGCUUCCUUAAGGAAACAAAUAUAUAUAUACAUAUUGAUGCUGGAUGGAAAGAUGGAAAAACUGAAAUAUGGAAAUUCAGUGAUCAUAUUUGCUUCUUGUUUCCAUCCAGAUUUUUGGUUUCCAGGGCUGGAUGCACAGACCUGAAGCUACUUUAAUUAUAGAACAAAGCAGAAAAAAUCUCUCUCAGUAAACUCUGGGAGUUAACUAAUAAGGGGUAAGGAGGCUGCUCAGCCUGAGGAACAAAGGUAAAUGUGACAGCGUGGGUAAUUCUGCUUUUCCCUGCACUUUCAGACAAAACAGAUCUGCACCCAGUUCUGCUGCUGCCAGGAGCUCUGUGGCUGUUCUGAGGACAGCUUCCACACACUCUAAGAAGGACCAAGUGCUGCAGGGUCAAGCCUUGUUGGGCCCCUGCCUUGCUGAGCCCUUCCCAUGGCACUCUCCAAUGACUCCUGGCAGAACACCUCAGCCCCUCUCUUCACAGGUCUCGACCUCUUGCUGGAGCUUAAGCCGCUCUUCAUCCCUCUCUACGCCACCUUGGUGGCUGUGGCGUGUUUGGGGAACUUCUUCCUCAUUCUCCUCAUCGCUCUCACCAAAAAGCUACACUGCACCACCAAUUUCCUCAUUGGCAACUUGGCAGCGGCUGACUUUGUCAUGUGCCUGGCCUGUGUCCCUCUGACUGUCUCCUAUGCCUUCGAGGUGCGGGGUUGGCUUUUUGGGAUGUUCAUGUGCUACUUUGUCACCCUGAUGCAGGCCACCACCGUGUUUGUCUCGGUGCUGUCCCUCACUGCCAUCGCCAUUGACCGCUACAUCGUCGUGGCCUACCCCAUCCGCCGAAGGAUAAGCUGCAAGUCCUGUGUCUGCAUCAUGGCCUGCAUCUGGCUUCUCUCCAUCCUGGCCUCGGUUCCCACCUCGCUGCACACGCAAUACUUGGAUCUCAACACCAUUGGCCAUGACAUGAUCAUCUGCGAGGAGUUUUGGAAGCACAAGGAGAGGGAGCGGCUGCUGUACUCAUGUCUGAUGCUCCUCUUGUCCUACAUGCUCCCGCUGCUGGCAGUAUCGGUCUCCUUCUGUGCCAUCUCCCACCACCUGCAGAAGAGGAACAUCCCAGGAGCUGCCUACCCGUGCCAAGACAAGUGGAGCAAAAUGAAGCAGAAGACCUUCCGGGUGCUCACCGUCUCUGUAAUUUGCUUUGCUGUCUGCUGGCUGCCCCUCCAGGUCGUCAACUUUAUCAGAGACAUUGACGAAGAGUUCACCAUCCUGGACAAGAGAUAUGUGAACGUCAUCCAGGUCUCAUGCCACCUGAUUGCCAUGAGCUCUGCCUGCUACAACCCCUUCAUCUACGCCUCUCUCCAUGACAAGUUCCGCUUCCACCUCAGCAGUUACUUCUACCGCAAGAAGAAGAGCUCCAGCACUGUGUCUUACAAGGUUUCUCGGUUCAACAUCUGCUCCACCUUGGCAGACACCCCAGCUGGAGUCCCGGAUAAGACAGCUUUGCAAACCAGAUUCUCUUAGCUGAACUUCCCCUACAGGCUUGCUCUUGGGCCUGGAUGUAGAUGCUUGUGCCUGGUGGGGAGAACAAGCACCACGGAACCAAGUGAAGGGAUGUCUGUCCUCAAGUAGCAUCUCUUCUGAGCAGCUCAAGGACAUUUUAUUCUUUGACACAAAGCACACCAGCACAACAACAAUGAAUACCACAACCAUGUGAAAAUAGCAUAAUCUUGAGCAGGAUUUACCUGCUAGCCCCCAUAGAGACACAAUGGGCACUGGUGGAUGUUUCCACCUGGUCUGACUCAAGAAUCAGUGCCAAUGAAACAGCUUUCCCUUGCCUUAUUGAAAUAGAACAACGUAUAUAUAUCUGGAUUCACAACUGGGUAUAUAAUUGGUGUGAUGGUAGUGUUCCAUAAGCUUCAGUUUUCAAGAAUGCCUACACACACUGACACAGUCAAAAUCUGCCCAAAUACGAGUGCUUCAUGAGCAAGGAGAAAUGUUCAUGCUGUACCACUGGUUGUGCAGCAAAGUUGGGGAUGGGGUAUAUACAUACACUAGAUCUCCAAUCACAGCUUACUAUGCCAGGAACUGGUGCUGUAUUUGCAGCACAAAGACGUCUUCCUGUGGUGUAUAUAGGGGUGGACAAGAUGUUGGGUGCACUUAAAGAAGUCUUUGGAGUACACAUUGUCAUUCUGUAGAAUAAAGAUUGCUCCUAAGCAACAGAUAGCAUUUUCUGCCUCUGGAGGAACACCAGUUCUUUCAGGCAGCAUUUAAAGAGCUGUCCAUUUUUUUUUUUGUUUAAAUUGCAGUCCAUUGGUGAAAGGACGAUAUACAUUCAGAAGUGUGUAUUCUUCUGCCAGCUAGCAUGCAGGGCACAACACCACAGCUUGUGUUGAGACACUUCCAUCAUCUACUUGUCUUUCUGAGUAAUCUCAUCUGCAUAACCUCAUAGGAUAGUCCCAGUUUCUCCAGCCAGAAGUGUGCAGCCAAACAAGACGAAGUAGACAGGGCUCAAAGUAAUGGAGUAGGUAAUAAGAAAGGUACCAAGCUGUGUGCUUGCUGAGGAAGAAGUCACAGUCUCCACUCAGAGUGGUUUAUAUGCAGAGAAGUUAUAUGCUCUUCUAGGGCGGGGAUGGGAAUCCUGCUCAUGAGCUACUCUGACCCCAAAACUGCUGAAUAAAUUGUGAGUUGGACUCUCGUGUUCCAGAUGUUGGUUGGACCUUAACAGCCCUCAGGCAACAACCUGCUGUUGGCUCACCUUACUGCUGAGACCUUCAUGGUACACAUGGUACACAACACUGCUCACUCUGUUGGCUUCUUGCAGCUUUCUUCUGGCUACACAAGGCUGUGCUUAGGACCAAGGCUGAAGUAUUUGUGCUGGAGUAUUUUGCUAAGCCCAGGUCACUGCU